AUGCCGACAGCUCCGCUCGCACGGCCCUUCUCUCCGUCCAGCCCCAUGGCGUCUUCUUGCGCCGCGGAAACCACGGCUUCGUCUCUCGAGGCCGACUCUCCCUUUUCGCCUGCUGCUGAGGCGCCGGCGCCUCUGCCUGCCGCGACAGCUGCCUGCCUCCGCGUGCUGGAGGCCUUGGGGCAGCGAAGACUCGAGCGGCCUGCGGCGACCUCCGCACGGGAAGACGACCCGCUUGCGUCCUUCCUGAGCUUCUCUGAAAUGCACCAGCUGCUGCAGGAUGCCAGUGCCCUGGACACCCCUGCAAAGUACGCACACAUGCUGCACGCCAUGUGCGUCUUGGCGGACCGGCGCCUCGAGGAGACUGCGCGCCGCUGGCGGGAGGCGAAGACCGGUGCGCCUCUUUCCUCUUCUUCCGCGCUCAAAACGAAGAAGCGGCGUCUCACCGUCGAUCCAGACGCCGUCAAGAGAGAAGAAGCCCCAGAGGACCGCGGAGUGGCGGGCGACCCGGUGCUCUUUGAGGACAGCAUGACUCGAGGAGACUCGGAGUCUGCGGCGGGCUCUGCGCGCGCGGAGGGCGACACGGCGCAGGGGGACGAAGGAGAGGAUCGGGACGGCAGCCAAGGCGACUCAGCGGCCUCUGACGAGGAGGAGGGAGACAGAGACGAGGGGGACGCCGACCGCGAGUCCGGGUCUGACCCCGCCGAGAAGCGACACGAGAUGGCAGCACACGUCGCAGGCUUGCUCUUGGGGACUUUAGAGAGUCUGCGGCGCCCUCCUGCGCUGGGAGCAGACGACUUUCUCGACACCGUCACUCACGUUCUCACGCGCGUCCUCUACGCGCACCAGCCAGUUGUCGCCAGCGCUGCGCCGAGCGACGAGCGACCCGACGCCUCCAACAAGGCCGAGCGGCCGCAGCACUCUGACUUCUCUUCUUCCUGCUCGUCUUCCUUCUCUUCUUCCGGGUGCUCGUUCUCGUCUGUCGUCGAGUGUAGACAGGCGUGGCGGCGCGGCGUCAUUCGCCGCUUCGAGACCAUCGACAGACUCCUCUCGCAGAGCUCGUCCUUCUUCUCCGCGAACAAUCCCGCGGCGCGGGCUACCUCCUCGGCGGACGCGUCUUCCCUCGCGGCGACGGCGAGUGGGGAGGAACGCUGCCGCCGGGCGAUGCGUCUCGUGAGGCGAUGGGCAGCGUUCCUCCUCGAGCUCGAGAAGAUCCGCCGCCAAGCUGUAGACCGCAUUCGCGCGACGAGCGAGGAGGCCCAGGGUCUCACGCACAUGCUCUUUCUCCCCCAGGAGACCGCCCCUGCGGAAAAACACAAGAAAAGGAAACCCAGAGGCGAAGUCGUCGUCGCCGGCUUCAACGAUGCGGCCCAAGAGGGCGAAGAACAAGCUGCGAGCGAGGAACAACGUAUUGAGGCUAGGAUCGUGGCGACGGCGCAGCUGCUUCGUCUGCCAGCGCUGCCUCCUUUCGCCUUCCCGACGAAUGCCUCUGUUGUGGAAGCGCGCGGGAAAUUCGAGCGGUGCUUGGCUCGAUGGAGAGAAGAGCGCGCGCGGCGCAAGCAGCAAGAAGAAGAAGCCAUGAAGAAGGUCAGCGCAGCGGCGUUGAUUGUCUCCUACGUGACGGCGCGCAUGAGGGAACAAGAAGACGCUUCCUCCGCUCUCGCCGCGGCGCUCCCAGGAUCUUCGCAGGCGCUCGCGGCGCUCAUGCGCCAGCGAAGCAUCGCCCACGCCUUCUACCUGCUCGGGCUGAACCCCCAGACUGCCACAGUGCCGAUGGUCGAGGCUGUGAAGAAGAAGUGGCGAGUUCUACUCCACCCCGACAAGUUCCACAGCGUCCCUCAUCUUCUGCAUCAGGCCACGGAAGCCUUCAAGGGAUUUCAACUCGCUGUCGAGGAGGCUAUUCGCGCCAUCCAGCAGCGCCGCGUGGAUCCUGGCUGGGCGCAGCCGCCGCCUCCGCCGGAUCCGUCUGCUGCGGCGUCGCCUUUGGCCGCUGGGGCUUCGCCGUUGUCUGCGCCGGGGCCUGGCAAGUCCCCUGCUCCCCCUGGGGGCCCGGGGGGCGCGGCGCCCAGCAGUGCGCCGCCGUCGCCGGCGUCACCGUGCCCGCUCCCGACGCGUCAGUAUUUCCCCGAGUUUUCCAUCGAAGUCGCGCCUCGCCGCAAAGCGCUCGGCGCCUUCCUCGUCUACGUGUCUGCGGCCGGGGCAGGGGCAGAUCCCGCGUUUUCGGAAAUCACGGAAGUCCGCGUAUACAUCCACCGGCCCGUCCUCGGCGGGCCCCCGGGGAGCUUGACCCCGUCCCCCGAGGCCCUGUCGGGGGUGAUCACGCGGAAGGUUUCGCUGGUGGGCUCGAAGAGAGAGGAAGAGAGGGCGGUCGAGGAGAAAAUCGAGGUGGUUGACGUCGUACAGCCGCUCUGCCUGGGCGAAGAGCGCCGCUACUGGGUCGGCGUUCAGGUGGAGGGCCGAAAGAAGGACUUUUCCCUGAUUCGCUGGAGCCCCGUGCUUCUCCGCCUGGCGCUCCCGCCCGCUGUAGACGCGGCGGAGGACUUGUCGCGGCCCUGGUCUUCCGGCGCGUCCCGACGCGACGAAGGCGCGCAGGCAGCUGCAGAGGCCCGCGCCCUGCUGGCGUUUUUGACAAGUUUUUCCGAGGCUUCGUUCCUCGACGGGCGCAUGCGAGGAAAAGUCCAGGAGAGCAUCAACUCACUCAAGCGUUUGAUGCGCCACAUCUCGAAAAAGAAGAUGAAGAAGGGGGCAGAAGGCGCCGGGGCCUACGGAGUCGGCACACUGCCACACGAGCUGCUAGUUGAAUACCUCGCGACCGCGAAAGAAGGGAGGGAACUGCUUCAACAGUGUUUAGAAAAAGGCAAAGCGUGGGCCGACCGCACUCAGUAG